AUGACGGAUAACGCAUACGACCUGGAAAAGGCCCUAUCAGCCAUUGAGGACUCAGACCUGCGCUAUCCUCAGAACUGGAUUCUCGAGCGAUACCUUGAACUGUCGACUGACCCUGAUGCUUCGGCUCGGUAUCUAUUCCAAGAGCGCAAGAGAGGCGCCGGGAUUCCCGACCUGAAACCAUUUCUCACUAAUUGGAACGAACUGGUUUCCUUUUAUGGGUCCCAACAACGAUCACCCAACAAAGAACUGGUCGACAAGGUUCAUGCACGAGAUGACGCCAGGUGCUGCAUCACCGGAUUGGAAGGUUCCUCUCUGGAUCCCUUGAUUGUGUCGCCACUUCCUUCCAUCGAUAAGUCUGUUACAAAGUUUCAAUCCGAGAUACUUGACGUCUUUCUAGGCCAUGAUGUGGCUCGAGAACUGCGAGACAACGGGACUCGUCCUGAUGGCCCUCAAAACUAUUGGCUAGUCCGCCAAUCUGCCGCGGCAGCAUUGUCACAGGGUUAUAUCAAGGUUCAGUGGACAACAGUCCCCGAAUAUACCGUCUCCCUGAUCCUUAUUGGCGGUCCCGACCGGCCCUCAAUUCUGGACAAGAUGACAACAAUCCAGUGGUAUACCUUUGAGGAUCACUCUAAGUCCGGCAUAGCCCUUCCGGAUUCAUCCCUGCUGGAGGCAUGGGCAAGUUUUGCGGAGCCUGUACGGUGGAGUCUAGUUGCGAAAGACGUUGCUUCCAGACACCCGCAACCUCUACCAAUCACCACUGCAGUCACUUCAUUUAUCCACCGACAAUUAUCGGGCUUCGCCGCCCUUGCGUUCUCGACAAUCUGUCGACUACUGCCGCCUCCACUUAGAAUGCAGAUUUACUCUCACAUGUGGCGUCUUGGUGCUCGUCUGUACGGGUCAUCAUCCAGUUUGAAAGUUCAACGGCUCCCCUUUGGCAUGUAUCUAAAGGAGGGUAGCCCAGAGCAGCACCGAGGGCUAGUCAACGAGUAUGGUACUUUACAACAGCUGCGCAAACAUACGACUGUACCUGUCCCUCGCCCUUUGGACUUGGUAUCCGGCUCGGAAGCCACUUACUUGAUCAUGUCUCGAAUUCCUGGACGACCUGCAGGCGCUUCCAUUGACUCGUUUACCGAAAUCCAGAUGAACAGUUUUAAAAGGGACUUGCAACAAUACCUACGACAGAUUCGGGCAAUGCCAAAGCAGGUAGCUCCUGAUCACUCUAUCUGCAAUGCUGUUGGUGGUCCUUGCCACGAUUUCCGUAUUUCCGCUAGUCAACCCUGGGAUGAAGAACAAGGGGACUUCUUCGGACCCUUCGUCGACGAGGACGAAUUUAACAAGACUCUUCAGACGCGAGCACUUCCCAGCAUUGCCCACACCUCCGGCCAUGAGAUUGUCUUUACACACGGGGACUUGAAUCUGAGAAAUGUCAUGGUACAAAAUGGUAGAAUCUCCGGUAUCAUCGAUUGGGAAAAUGCUGGCUGGUUCCCAGACUACUGGGAAUACACAAAGAUACACUAUGUUACCAAGCUUCAUAAGCGGUGGUUGAAAGCUAUGGAUGAGGUCCUCUGCGAAUUUGGGGAUUUCAAAAGUGAGAUGAUACAGAGUCUCAGCUAUGAGAGUACUGCAUGUAAAGACAAGAAACUCCCCAUCCUUUCCAGCUCUGUUCAGUGGAAUUCCAAAUAUGAAAACGGCUCAGGUGUUCUCUACUUAGUUACUUUGCAACAUUGA